AUGGCUUUCAAGUUGGUCGCUUUCGUUUCCUGCCUGGCUUUGGUCUCGGCUGGACUUAUUCCCAUUGAGCAGCAGCUCCAUCAUCAACAUCAGGAACAGCCCCAGCUUUAUCAUGCCGCUGCUGCUGCCGCUCCCCAGGCUCAGCAUGUCGUCUAUCAGCAGCAGCCACAUGGCUAUGCACAUGCCCAUGCCCACGCCCAUGAAGUCUAUCCCGAUGAUCCUCAUCCCAAAUACAACUUUGCCUAUGAUGUCAAGGAUGCUUUGUCCGGCGAUUCCAAGAGCCAAGUAGAAUCUCGUGAUGGUGAUGUUGUCCAGGGUGAAUACUCGCUGGAUGAUGCCGAUGGUUUCCGUCGCACUGUGAAAUAUACUGCCGACUCUGUCAACGGUUUCAAUGCUGUUGUCCAUCGUGAGCCCUUGACUCAUGUGGCUCACAAGGUGAUUGCUACUCCAGCUCAGUAUCAUCAUGCUGCCGCCGUUCCCACCACCAUUGUCAAGACUCCAGUUACCUAUGCGGCUCCUUCCCCAGUCCAGACUUAUGUAGCUCCUGCCGCCUACCAUCAGCAUGAAGCUCAACACGAACAGGAUCAGCACCAACAUCACUAUGCCACCUAUGAGACAUCCGCCCCAGCUCAUGAGACUCAUGACUACUAUCAUCAUCAGUAAACUGAGCCACUUCGACUUGUCUUGAUCUGAUAAAGAGUAUUAAUUCUGUUGCAUCUCUCUCAUUCGGCAAUUUCAUUUGACAUUUAUUAGUUCUUUAAGCUUUCAUUACCUAGUUCUAUUGUAAAUAUUCUUUAAAAUAAAUUGUU